AUGUUGACUACCAAAGUAACCAUCGUUAUUUUAUGUUGUUUGUUGACUUCAUCUUAUUGUCAACAACCAUCUACAUGUCCAAAUCAAGGUGAUGGUAAUUAUGGUUGUUUUGAUAUAACAUCACAAGGUAGUUGUACAGAAGUAUCAAAUCAACCACCAUCUCGUGAUCUACGUUGGCCACGUUCCGGUAUAGAUUUGAAUCUUGAUUGGGCUAUUAAAUGUGGUGAUAUUAUUGCAUACAAACUUCAAUGGUUCAGUGGUGGAUGGUCCGAUUGGUAUGUACCAGGCGUUAAUGAUAUGGAUACGAAAGUUAAUGAUGCUAAUGGUCUACGACGUAUGUGGUCAUAUUUCUAUGAUCAUAACCAUUCAUAUAUUAUUUGUAAAACAAAUGAUAAGAAUAAAUUAAAUGGAUGUCAAUAA